AUGUCGUUUUAUAACUUGAAAUCGAGCACCUUUGUCUUUUUUUCUCUUGUUUAUGCUACUACCAUUCAACCCGCUGUUGCAGUAACAUCCACCAAGCAAUUCAAGCAUUGGUACCCUCAAUUUGGAUGGAUCUUUGAGACAAUCGUCAAGGUCAACUGCACCGCCGAAUAUGACAAAUACUUGACUGGGUUCAAGAACCACUCGGAGAUUGACUUUCUCGGCGGCGGAGGUAUCUACACGGCUAUUACCCAACCGCUCAUUGAGUGCAUUCUGGAUCACACAUCCGAAUACCUUAAGUUCGCCAUGACAGGCGCUCAGGUCGUACUUGGUGUCAUGCCCACCAUCAUUGCUCUCCUCGGCCCCUCACACGAUGAGAUCGCCAUGCUUUGCAAUGUUGGUAGAAGGCCACUCCUUGCCGCUGGUUUGGCUUUGGCCUCACCCUCGGCAUAUUUCAGCAGGGCAUUUGAGUACUCUAAUCCUAUUGAUAUUCUCAGCGUCGAUGGAAACAGAUAUGUGCAAUGGCGCCCAGGAGCGGUCUACUCGCAGCUGUUAAUAUCAGCAGCGGAAUACCUUGUCACCACGGCAGCGUGCUAUAAUGUUUUGGAUAACACCUUGAAAGCCAACUAUCGGGCCAUCUUUGCUUUCUCACCAGAUGCCGACUUCCUUCCUGGAUUAUGGCUGGCUGUUGGCAUCGCUCUGCAUAUUGCAGCUUGUUUUAUCUCUCGACUUCGUCUUCGCGGGUCAAGGACCCGAGAAUCCUCCACUGCCGAGACCGAUAAAAAUCUUACUCGGCAGUGGUCAAAGGAAAAAAAGAAGCAAUUGGGGUUCAUAAAGUUUCUGAAGUCCUGGGCGCAGAAUCUUAGCUCCGUAAUGUACUGGAUUAAAGGUAUUGGACCAAGGCUAAUGAACAUCAUAACCACAACUGAGUUAUUCCCAUGCUCCUCAACAAAAUACGUUGCGAAAAUUUACUCUUUUCCAGAGACCAAAACAUUCUUAGUAUUGUCUUGGUUGCAAUCGACUAUUACAAUUCUUCACAUUCUUUUUGGUACCCUUAUUUUCUCAGGCAUGCUUUUCGUCGGUAUGCAAGACGCCUUAAUAAUUGUUGGAAGGUACAUUGCAGGAGUGGCUAUUUGUCGAGUCAUUCUUAUGUACGAGUUGGCUGGUCUGCGGCAGAGUUGCGACGAGAUUGAUGGCAAGCCACCCGGGAAGCGUUAA